CAGAAAAAAAAAAAAAAUACUAAGGAGCGCACUGCCGCCCGUCGCCUCACACUGCUACAACAUUAUGAUCUCGAGAAGAGCGCUGCGCUUCAACACUUGAGAACAACAGUUACACCGCGAUUAAUUUCACCUGAAAAAUCACAGAUCGCCGCUCCUUCUUCAACUAUUUUUUUUUCCUCUCAGUCUCUCUCUCUCUCCCUCUCUGUGUAUAUCUAUCUCUCUCUCUCUCUCUGUCGCUCUUUCUGUGAUUUCUCUGCGCUGGAUCUUUCGAGAGAGAAGAUGUGUGUGGAGAGCGACGGGUGCGAGAUUGAGGGCUGCAGCAGUUCGGACGAGGUGCGCACGCUGUCGGGCAGCAUGAGUCCCGGACUGAAAUCCAGCCCGGACCUUCACCCGUGCAAGCCGGGCCAGAAAUUCCGCGCCGCGCUGCUCAGAUGCCGCUCACCGGCCGCCGCCGCCGGGAUCCUCAGCUUUGGGAACGUCCUCAAUUACAUGGAUAGGUACACCGUGGCCGGUGUUGUGCAAGACAUCCAGCGGCACUACGAACAGACAGACAGCGGAGUCGGCCUGCUGCAAACAGUCUUCAUCUGCAGCUUCAUGGUGGCAGCUCCCAUCUUCGGUUACCUGGGCGACCGCUUCAACAGAAAGGUCAUCCUGAGCUGUGGCAUUUUCUUCUGGUCCAUUGUUACCCUGUUGAGCUCCUUCAUCAGCAAAGAGUACUACUGGCUGUUUGUGCUCUCCAGGGGACUGGUGGGGAUCGGAGAGUCCAGCUACUCCUCCAUCUCUCCCACCAUCAUAGGAGACCUGUUCACUAACAACAGCCGCACCAUGAUGCUCUCUGUCUUCUACCUGGCCAUCCCGCUGGGAAGCGGUUUGGGUUACAUCCUGGGCUCCAGCGCCAAGGUGGCUGCAGGAGACUGGCACUGGGCAUUAAGGGUGUCCCCAGUUUUAGGGAUCACCGCGGGAACCCUGAUCCUCGUCUUCGUGCCGGAGCCGAAGAGGGGCAGCGCUGACCAGAUGGGCCGCAUCAAGACGCGCACUUCCUGGUGCUGUGACAUGAAGGCCCUCGCCAAAAACCGGAGCUACGUGUUCUCCUCCCUGGCGUCCGCCGCCGUGUCCUUCGCCACAGGUGCGUUUGGUAUGUGGAUUCCUCUGUACCUGGUCAGAGCGCAGGUGGUGCAGAAGACUGCCGAGGCCUGCACAAAGGAGGUCUGCAGCAGCACAGACAGCCUAAUUUUCGGGGCGAUCACCUGCGUGACCGGCCUGCUAGGCGUCGUCAUCGGGGCAGCCACCACGCGCCUGUGCCGCCAGAGGACGGAGCGAGCCGACCCCCUCGUGUGCGCCGUCAGCAUGCUGGGCUCGGCCAUCUUCAUCUGCCUCAUCUUCGUGGUGGCCAAGAAGAGCAUCGUGGGCGCUUACGUUUGCAUCUUUAUAGGAGAGACGCUGCUUUUCCUGAACUGGGCCAUAACAGCAGACAUUUUAAUGUUCGUCGUUAUCCCCACGCGGAGAGCAACGGCGGUCGCCUUUCAGAGCUUCACCUCUCAUCUCCUGGGCGACGCGGGAAGUCCGUACCUGAUUGGCCUGAUCUCCGACGCCCUUCAGCAGAGCUACGCCAAGUCAGCGCUGUGGCGGUUCCUCAGUCUGGGCUAUGCCCUCAUGCUCUGUCCCUUUAUCAUCGUCCUGGGGGGCAUGUUUUUCCUGGCCACUGCCCUGUUUUUCCUGGAUGACAGGGAGAAGGCCGAGAAACAGUUGAGCCAGCUGACACGGCCGCCCUCUUCAGUCAAGGUAUGAUCAGGUGACAGCCAAAUGAGAAGCAGUCUGAAGGAGCAACCAAACUCAAGAAGGAUGGAAAAAAAAAUGGAGGUUGAAAAAAAAAAAGCAGGGGGGCAGCUGAUCUCCACUUAUUUAAAAGCCACGCCCAUGUCCUCUUCACCGCCGUCAUCACCGCCAGCGAUCAUCAUCAUCCUCCUCUGCCUCUCGGCCCCUGCUGCUCUUCCCUUUUUUACUCGCCCGUCGGAGGCUGCUCAGAACUGGAACGAGGGCGCGUCUUGCCCCUCCUCGGAAACGCCUCCGAAUCACAGGCUGGUGUUAAGGUGCACAGCGGUGCGCCGAGGCCCGCCGACAGCGACAGCUGGUGUCCUCCUCACCUCUGUCUGCGAGGAUCCACUGAACCUUCCAGGGAGGAGGCGGGGUGACACCCCUCUGACUCCUGAUGCCAUACUACUGAAUGCUGACCAUGAACCUGCCCUGUCUGUCUGCCUGUCUGUCCAACAGUCUGUCUCUUAUGUGUCUGUCUGUCUGUUACAUUGGCUGUCAAUCUGCACCAAGUGCCAUAGCAUCAUUACAUUCCUUCAGACAUUUGCACUGACCGCCAUCAACCCUCAUGACGUCAUCGCUGACUAUGUUCACAUGCACGCUAUAAUUCAAUUAGUCUGAUGAAGCUGUUUAGAUUUGCUAGUCGGUAGACGGGGCUCCAUCUCUGUUGCUCCCAUUCAGAUUUUCCACAAUUCCUUCUGGCCCCGAGCGUUGAGGUCGGAGAAGCUAAGAAGCUGUAAAAUUCAAGCUAUGUGGAGCGAAGCAAUGUGCAGCAGGAAAAUAAUUCUCAAAGUGUUUAUGCCUGGUCAAAACAAACCCAAAUCAGAUCAGUCUGCUCAUGUUUCAAGGCAGUAUUAAAAACACGAGCUCCAGUGUAAACACAGUGUUUUUUUUUUUUACGAGAUUGGAUGCAGUGUUCUCAUGAUCGAUCGCAGCUCUGCCGUGCAUGUAAACAUAGCCGCCAGCCAAGAGCCAAAAAGUGUUACUGUCUAAAGGU